AUGGAGGGUCGCCCCUCAUUGCUGCCUCCUGUGGACUGCCUCCCGCAGGCCCAGCCUUUAGGUGCCUGGCUUUGCGGGGAGGGAGUGGGGGGCGAGGGGAGUCGGGUUGUGGGUCACAGUCAGGGUACCCAGGGGCAGUCAGCCCGCACUGACCUCUCCGCCCGCCCGCCCGCAGGCGUGAAGACCCCCUUGUGGAAGAAGGAACUGGAGGAGACCGGGGUCAGGGAGGAGGAGGCAGCGGAGGAAAGAUCGGAGGAGGAAGACGAGGGGAGGCCGUCGCAGGAGAGCACUGCGGAGAGCGAGGCCGAGGGCCAGGAGGCGGAGGGCGGCGAGGGCCGCGAGCAGGGCUCGGUGUCCUACUGCCCGCUGCGCCAGGAGUCCAGCACCCAGCAGGUGGCGCUGCUGCGAAGCGCGGACCUCGGCUUCUGGGGCUGGCUCCUCCCCUUGGCGCUGCUGGGCGGCCUGAGCGCGCAGGCCGACAGAAGGCGGAGCCUCCCGGAGGAGGUGUGCGCGCUGCAGACCAGGCGGCGGCCACCGCGCGGCGGGGGCUGUGAGCUCUGCGAGAUCCUUUUUUGCAAGAAAUGCGGGAACCUGCACAGCAACCCGGCCUACAUAGCGCACUGCCUUCUGGAGCACUCGGAUCUGGGUAAGGCGCGGGCGUAGGGCGGCCAGGGACCCCGGACUGCCCCUGCUCAAUGCCUUUGUGCCCUUCAUUUUCUCCGGAUCCGACUCCCUGAA